AAGGAGAGCACUCCUUCAAGGAGUGAAUUGGGCGAUAGCUCAAAAAAGAACAUUCGCAUAAACUAUCUUUUUACAAAUUACAAAUCUCACUAUUUUCCGAGAUGUAAGUUGACUCAUUUAUCUGUAAUACCAAAUAGCAAACGCGUGACGCAGCAUGACAACGUGAACGCUUUUUGUGGACAUUGCUGUGUGAGGCCUUAUAAGGUCCUCCAUUGAUUGCCCAAAGGGAUUCCUAUCUCUUCCUUUCUUUAAUAUCGCUGCACAUACUCCAGUCGGGUCGCCAUAUUGGGCUGCACCGUUCAACUUGUGAUUUCAUUAAGUUCUGGCUAGUGAGCUUCUGCAUAGUGUACCGUGGAUUUAUUACAUUAUAUUUAUUUAAAUGGCGUUUCAGUGUCAAAGGGACUGUUACAUGCAAGAGUUUGUCACCUCAGUGGUGGCUUGCUCACCUGGUGAAAUGAAACAAGAAAUCAAUGGCAAGAAAGAAACCGUUAAAGGCUUCAAUGUCAAGCUCCAAGACACCAUAUUGUUUCCUGAGGGAGGUGGUCAGCCAGAUGACCACGGGCUGAUUGGAGAUGUGCCGGUGCUGCGGGUGACGAGGCAGGGAGCUGAGGCUGUGCACUUUGUGAGUUCAGCUCUAGAGGUGGGCCAGGAGGUGCAGCUGAAGGUGGACUGGGAGCGGAGGUUUGACCACAUGCAGCAACACUCAGGGCAACAUCUAAUCACAGCUAUUGCAGAAUCCAUGUUUGGGUACAAGACCACAUCCUGGGAAUUGGGGCGUCAGCGCAGCACCAUAGAGCUGGACACUCCCUCUAUGAAGCCUGCCCAGAUGGAAGCCCUCGAGGCAGCAGUCAAUGAGAAGAUACGUGCUCAUGUUCCCGUCGCUGUUCAGGUCCUCUCCUUAGAUGACCCUGCAUUGGAACAGGUGAGGAGUCGCGGUCUCCCGGACGAUGCAGCGGGGCCUAUCCGGAUCAUCGACAUCGAGGGCGUUGACGUCAACAUGUGCUGUGGGACCCACGUGUCCAACCUCAGUCACUUACAGGUCAUAAAACUCCUGGGGACUGAGAAAGGAAAGAAGAACAAAACUAAUCUGUUAUUUCUAGUGGGAAACCGGGUCCUGAAGUAUGCUGAGAAAAGCUACAGCACAGAACGCUCACUGGUAUCCCUCCUCAAAACGGGCCCAGAUUAUCAUGUUGAUACAGUGGACAAGAUCCAGAAGACUGUUAAGGGUCUACAGAAAAGUAACCUGGGCCUACUGAGAGACGUGGCUGUUCUAAUAGCCCAGAACUUCAAGUCCAACCCAGAGAGGGGCAACUUCUUUACCUUACACAAGAAGGAGGGUGACAACGAGUUCAUGAGCAUCAUAGCCAAUGAAAUAGGCACUGAGGAGACGUUGGUUUUCCUGACUGUUGGAGAGGAGAAAGGACCAGGGCUGUUCCUGCUGGCAGGACCCAGUGGGAAAGUGUCUGAACUGGGACCACGAGUGCUGGAGAUGCUCCAGGGCAAAGGGGCUGGGAAGAACGGGCGCUUCCAGGGUAAAGUAAACAGCAUGGCACGCCGAGGGGAGGUGGAGACCCUAAUACAGGAACACUGCAAGAAUGAGCAGUAAUGGAUGACUGGAAACUCAAGCACAUGAUGACCACAACUACAUACAGACAACAUAGGUGACCCACUGCAGUUCUCGACCAGCUUUCCUAGUAGGUUGACAUUUAUUCAGCCAGAUAGGCCAGCUGCAUAGUCAAAAUAGGCUAUAUUGUAAAAUUAAUAAAAACAAAAAUGAGCUUUUUUGGUCUUAAUUUAAGGUUCGGGUUAGCGGUGUGGUUAGGUUAGGUUUAAAAUCAGAUUUGAUAACUUUGUGGCUGUGCCUGCUAGUGACCACUCCAGAACUAUGCAAAAUACAUCACAAUAAAUUCCAAAAUGUGCUUUGCUAAGUAAUGAUACUUCUACCUCGGUGUACAGUCUAAAUCAAGGAACUGUGUACAUGGAGUGUACAAAACAUUAAGAACACCUUCCUAAUCAGUUGCACCCCCCCCCCCCCUUUGCCCUCAGACUAGCCUCUACAAGGUGUUGAAAGCGUUCCACAGAGAUGCCUGCCCAUGUUGACUCCAAUGCUUCCCACAGUUGUCAAGUUGUCUGGAUGUCCUUUGGGUGGUGGAUGCACACAGGAAACUGUUGCUUGUGGAAAAACCCAGCAGCAUUGCAGUUCUUGACCCACUGAAGAGGCUCUGCAUUGGGACCUACUACCAUAUCCCGUUCAAAGGCACUUAAAUCGUUUUGUCCUGUCAAUUCAUCCUCUGAAUGGCACACGUACACAAUCCAUAUCUCAAGGCUUUAAAAUACUUCUUAAACAUGUCUCCUGCUCUUCAUCUACACUGAUUGAAGUGGAUUUAACAGGAGAAAUCAAUAAGGCUUUCACCUGAAAAUGGCGCAGACAGAUGGGGCUGCCGUGCUUCUAGCUCUAGGGCAACUUUGCAGUAUUUAGUUUUUAUGUGACAAGUAAAAUUUGAUUCAAAUCACCUGGUCAGUCUGUCAUGGGAAGAACAUGUGUUCCUAAUGUUUUGUACACUCGUUGGACAUUGUUACUAUAUCGUAUAAAUGAAUGAAAACAAAAAUUGGCUAAAUGGUCUUAAUUUAAGGCAAGGGUUAGGCAUUAAGGUUCAAAUAAAAUGUUAUGGCUUUGGCUGUGCCAGCUAGUGACCACUGCAGAGCUGCAGUAAAAGUCAACCUCUGCUUUGCUAAGUAACGAUAAUUCUGACCUCAGAGAUGACCACAGUGUACAGUCUAAAUCAAGGAGCUGUAAAUAUUAUGAAUAAGAAUACUAGAUAUAUUCAUGAAUACAAGUUAUGGAAAAAUGAACAUGUUGGACUAAGGAAGCACACCCAUGUAAUUCAUGAUUAACAUUGCAUUCAUUUUGAAUGUUUGAAGUUAUCCUUUUAAAUUGUAUUUGUUCUGUGCUUAUCAGUCAUUUUUUGAUUGUUUUGUAUAUUUCACCUUCAGUAAAUCAAAGGAAAGUAUAUACAUUUGGACAGUCAUUUUCAUUUGGUCUGCAGUUGCAUAACCAAAAGAAGGACCGACCUUGUCAAUCAACUUGCCAGUCAAAUAUUGAUGGUUCGGCCAAGGCUGUCAGUUCUACGUAUUUGCAGGGAGUGACGGCUGUGUGACGUGUGAACCUGUGUAAUCAGUGAGCGUGAGACCAAAGUCCAGAGUUCCAUAUACAGAUGUAGGCUCUUCAUUUGAUCACCCUGUUG